UGGGGCGGGGAGAGCUGUCACCGUCCCCCGGCCGCAUUGGCCGCCGGCUGGGCCGGGGCGGGUGCGCGCGCAUCCCCAUGCCCGCCCCUCGCCCGGGAACUCCGCCCGACUUCCCCAGCGGUGGAGGGGUCGCGAACCCCCUUUGCUCUUCUCCCGCCCGCGGCCCCCCACCCGCAGCAGCCAUCAGCCCGUGUGGGGGGGACUGUCCCGGGUGGGGAGGACCCGCAGCCGCUUGGGCAGCCGCAGCAGCGUUACCCUUUCGGUUUGUGCCUUCGCGACGUAGACAUGGUUGUUUCCUGGCCGUAAGAGUUUUAAACCCAUCUACCCAAACGGAGCAGCAGUUCUGUCGAGUUUACAUCCCACCGCCCGGUGCUGAAGUUGAGCCUGAAAAUUCUGUUGAGAAAACGACAAAAUGAGUAGCCGUCGAAAACGUGCACCUCCAUCAAAAAUAGAUGAGGAGAAGAAGAAAAAGCUCUGCUGGAAUAUGCAUGAAGAUCGGAGAAAUGAGAUGAUAACAUUAGAUGAUGAAACAACCAAUGAGGACCAUGUUCCAGGUCCAAGCACUUCUUCUUCUUCCUUCAUUGUUAUAAAUGAUGAUAGCACUGAUGAAGACCUCGUUCAAAAAGAAGGCAGUGGCACAAAAUCUGUCAAGUUUUUGACAGUUAACGAUGAAGAGGACUCUUAUUCCAUCUUGACUCCUGUGCCAGUACAGCUAAAUAUUAUAGUCUUGCCAUACCGUGCGGAUGGGUCCUGGAAAGCUUUGCUGGGAGAAUUUGCUCUUCAUCUUCCUUCUGAACAAAUUCUAACUGAUGAAUUCAUUGAAAGGAGCUUUACUUUGGUGAGAGGAGACUCUGAUGAUCAGCUGCAGGUCUGUGUUCAUGAAAGAAGUGGAGAGGAGUACAGUAAUGAAACAAAAGAAUACCUGGGUGCUUACGAACAACGUAUUUUAGUGGAAUCAACUUUAGGCGGUGAAAUAUUGGAAGGCUUGAGAUGGUUGCAAAAGAAGAAGAUAAUCGGACUUUAUCAAAGACCUGGAGAGGCUCAAGCUUUAAAGGUUGGAAUUUACCUUCUGGAAGCUGGGCUAAGUAAACCAGAGUUUCUCAGUGAUGGAGGUGGAAGACCCAAGAAAGCUAAUCAGCUGAUUCAAAAACUCAUGGAGAAGUUCUACAGUUUUUUAAUUCCAGAUGAGCUGGAGGAAGAUGAAGAAGAAUCUGACGUGGAACUAGAGCGACAAAAUAUUGAAGAGCUUUAUGACUUUGUCAGGCACACCCAUCAGCAGGAUAUCCAGUUACUGAGAGAAGAUGUGCAGCAUCCUGCAUUAAUUCCUAUUCUAAGGCCAUACCAAAGUGAGGCUGUGAACUGGAUGCUUCACCGAGAGAACCUCACAAGCACGCCAAGCAGUGAAGAUGCACUGCACUUCUUGUGGCGGGAGGUCAUCACUCUGGGUGGAGAAAAAAUCUACUAUAAUCCAUUUACUGGCUGUAUUAUCCGAGAAUAUCCAAUUGCUGGACCCCAGUGGCCCGGAGGCAUUUUGGCAGAUGAGAUGGGUCUUGGAAAAACAGUAGAAGUGUUGGCUCUUAUUCUGACUCAUACCAGACCAGACAUUAAACAAGAUGAUCUGACAUUACCUGAGGGUAAGCUCGUGAACUUCUUUGUUCCACCUCAGCCUUUAGAGGGAAAUAAAAAGAAAAAGCCAAAGGAAAUGGAGCUUAAAUUGAAGGAGAAAAUACAAUAUCCCAGCUUACGAGUGAUGAUAUUAGCAGCUGUAAAGGAAAUGAAUGUGAAGAAAGGAGCAUCCAUUAUUGCAAUCUUUAAGUACAUCAGUGCUAUAUAUAGAUAUGACAUACAGAGAAAUAGACGGCUUCUCAAAAGAACUCUAGAAAAACUGAUCGCAGAACAAGUAGUAGAGCAAGUCAAAGGACAUGGUCUGGCUGGGUCUUUCAAGCUGGGAAAGAAUUACAAGGAACAGAAGAAGCGAGAAAGAACCAAAGAGCAGAUAGCAAGGACUUCAGAAAGCAUUCAGAAGAAGCAGUUGAUUGAUGUUAAAACUGAAACCAAAGAGUCAAGAAAUAGUGAUGUCACUUCUGAAAAUGCCCAUAAAACUCCUUUACGGGUGGAUAUCACCAUGGAAGAACAUGAUUAUUGUACAACUAGCAAACAUAACAGGAAAUCUGAAGCAGAUGAUGAGAACUCUGUGAAGAAGAAUGAUGUUCAGCAGGAAGCUGUGGUCCCAAAGUCUGCUGAUCUGCAUGGUAACCUCCUUGUCUCCAGUGAUGUGAGCAGUCAUCCCAAUUUUGAUGUUUCUAAAACUACAGCUGAUAUCCAGCAGGAAAUCCCAAAAGAUCAGUCCUCACAUUCCCAAGAACUUGCUGGCAAUAGUGUGCAACAUACCAGUUCUGUAUUUCCAUUUAAUACCUCUGAAUAUCGUUUUGAAUGCAUCUGUGGUGAGCUUGGAUUGGCUGACUAUAAAGCUCGUGUGCAGUGCUUGAAAUGUUACUUAUGGCAGCAUGCAGAAUGUGUAAACUAUAAAGAGGAAAACCUGAAGAUCAAGCCCUUCUACUGUCCUCAUUGCCUUGUGGCAAUGAAACCAGUUUCCACAGGAGCAACUCUGAUAAUUUCUCCGAGUUCUAUUUGUCACCAGUGGGUAGAUGAAAUCAACAGGCACGUAAGAUCAUCUUCUCUUCGAGUUCUGGUGUAUCAAGGUGUGAAGAAGCAUGGCUUUUUGCAGCCGCACAUGUUGGCCGAGCAGGAGGUGGUUAUCACCACAUAUGAUGUCCUCCGCACGGAACUGAACUAUGUGGAUAUACCCCACAGCAACAGCGAAGAUGGGCGCCGUUUCAGGAACCAGAAGCGGUAUAUGGCCAUUCCAAGCCCCUUAGUAGCAGUGGAGUGGUGGAGGAUCUGCCUUGAUGAAGCACAGAUGGUUGAAUGCACUACUGCAAAGGCUGCUGAAAUGGCACUCCGUUUAAGUGGGAUCAAUCGCUGGUGUGUCAGUGGCACUCCUGUGCAGCGAGGAUUAGAAGAUCUGUAUGGAUUAGUCCUUUUUCUUGGAAUUGAUCCUUACUGGGUCAAACAUUGGUGGGACCGGCUUUUAUAUCGACCUUAUUGUAGGAAAAAUCCCCAGCCUCUCUACAGUCUGAUUGCCAAGAUAAUGUGGAGAUCAGCAAAGAAGGAUGUGAUUGACCAAAUUCAAAUCCCCCCUCAGACAGAAAAUGUACAUUGGCUUCACUUUUCUCCUGUGGAGAGACACUUCUAUCAUCGCCAGCAUGAGGUGUGCUGCCAGGAUGCAUUGGCAAAACUCAGGAAGAUUUCAGACUGGACUCUUAAGCUUAGUAGCCUAGAUAGAAGGACUGUGACUUCUAUUCUGUAUCCUUUGCUGCGGCUGAGGCAGGCCUGCUGUCAUCCACAAGCUGUUCGAGGAGAGUUCCUGCCGUUACAGAAAAGCACCAUGACCAUGGAGGAACUGUUAACAUCUCUGCAGAAAAAAUGUCGAACAGAGUGUGAGGAAGCUCACCGGCAGUUGGUGUGUGCUCUGAAUGGCUUAGCUGGUAUCCAUAUCAUUAAAGGAGAAUAUGCAUUGGCUGCAGAGCUGUAUAGAGAAGUGUUACGAUCAUCUGAAGAGCACAAAGAAAAGCUCAAAACAGAUUCCUUGCAAAGACUUCAUUCUACACACAAUUUGAUGGAAUUGUUGGCAAAGCACCCAGGAAUUCCUCCGACUUUGCGUGAUAGCCGACUUGCAGAAGAGGCAGAACAACUUCGACAGCAUUAUAUGAGUAAAUCCAAUGCAGAAGUUGCAGAAGCCCAUCAGGCCUUACAGCCAGUUUUUCAGACCAUUCGGGAGCUCCAGAGAAAGAUACAUUCAGGUUCUCCUUGGUGGUUGGAUGUUAUCCAGACAGCAAUACAGUAUGCCAUCGAUGAGGAGCUUGUUCAACGUGUGCAAAAUGAAAUAACAUGCAACUACAAACAGCAGAUUAAUAAACUCUCCAUGGCAGAGAAAUUCCGUGACUGCAGAGGCCUUCAAUACCUGCUCACAACCCAACUGGAUGAAGUGAAGAAGUUCCAGAAGAUUGUAAGAGAAGCUGUGAAAAACUUAGAAGGCCCUCCCUCUAAGCAGGUUAUUGAGGCUGCCACUAUCUGCCAUUUGCGACCUGUUAGACUUCCACUUAACAACUGUGUCUUCUGUAAGGCUGAUGAGUUGUUCACAGAAUACGAGUCGAAGCUCUUUUCUCAGACUGUCAAAGGCCAAAUGGCAAUAUUUGAGGAGAUGAUAGAAGAUGAAGAAGGGCUCGUCGAUGACCGUUUACCCACUACAAGCAGAGGACUGUGGGCAACCAGUGAAACUGAACGUGCCUUGAAAGCUAUUCUCUCCUUUGCCAAAGCUCACCGAAUGGAUGCUAAGCUAACUGAAGAAGGCAGCAUAUUUCUGGAACUCUUUGAAGCAUGGAAAAAGGAAUAUAAGUUACUCCAUGAAUAUUGGAUGGUGCUUAGGGAUCAUGUCUCUGCUAUUGAUGAACUGGCAAUGGCUACAGAACGGCUGAGAGUGCGUCAUCCUGAUGAGCCAAAACCAAAUCCACCAGUUCUCCACAUCAUAGAACCACAUGAGGUAGAGCAGAAUCGAGUGAAACUUUUGAAUGACAAAGCAGUUGCCAAAUCACAGCUUCAGAAGAAAUUAGGACAACUUCUGUAUCUCACUAAUCUGGAGAAAUCUCAGGAUAAAACUACUGGAGGAGUUAACCCUGAACCGUGCCCGAUCUGUGCACGUCAACUGGGAAAACAGUGGGCAGUGCUGACGUGUGGACAUUGUUUUUGUAACGAGUGUACAGCUAUCAUCAUAGAACAGUACAGCGUUGGCACCCGCCGGAGCUCAAUUAAAUGUGCCAUUUGCAGGCAGACAACAUCUCAUAAAGAAAUAUCCUAUGUCUUCACUGCAGAAACGGCAAAUCAGGAAGAUGAUAUUCCUGUAAAGGGAAGUCACUCCACCAAAGUGGAAGCUGUGGUCCGAACACUGAAGCGAAUUCAAUUUAAAGAUCCAGGAGCUAAAUCCUUAGUAUUCUCAACGUGGCAAGAUGUGUUGGACAUAAUUUCAAAAGCCUUGUAUGACAACAACAUGGUUUUUUCUCAGAUCAAUGGAAUUAGUAAAUUUCAGGAAAAUCUCUCUGCAUUCAAAUACGAUCCCAACAUCAAUAUUUUGCUGCUGCCUCUUCACACUGGUUCCAAUGGACUCAACAUCAUUGAAGCAACUCACGUUCUGCUUGUGGAACCCAUCCUGAAUCCUGCACAUGAGCUGCAGGCUAUUGGCAGAGUACAUCGUAUUGGCCAAACAAAAUCUACCAUUGUUCAUCGGUUCCUGAUAAAAGCAACAAUAGAAGAGAGAAUGCAGACUAUGCUGAAAACCGUAGAUAGAAGCCACACGAGCUCUUCCAUGAAACAGUCAGAAGCCUCAGUUCUGACAGUGGCAGAUUUGGCUGACCUUUUUACAGAGGAAACUGAAGAACUUGAGUAAAAACAUUGGUUUGGCCUAAUGAGAUCAGGAAGUACCUGACCUAAUAAGCACCGGUAUAUAACCCUCUUGAUCUGUCAUUCCUGUGCACAUCAUCUAAUGUUUGUCCCUAACAGAGCUAUUGGAAAUUGAAAAGUCUUAAUUGUUACUGUGGCGAAUUGUUGCUAUUCUGUGGCGAAGUUCUUAGCAGCACACACUUCUGACAGCACUGGAGAAAACUUGCACUUUGCACAUUAUACAGAAAACAUGGAUUUUAUUCCCAAAGAGCGUUUGAGCUGGAUGCUAAAACUGAGAUCUUGGACCCUUGGUUGAGAGGAUUUUUGCCAUCAGGUUUGAUUGGCUAGUAGCUCAGUCUGAGAGCAAAACUAUGUGUGGAUGGUUGGGUGGGAAAGGGAAGCCGAAAACCACAAAUCUAAUUUUUCUUUUUCUUUCUUACUGUACAAAGAAUUGUUAGAAAGACUAACUGUAAAUUAAUAUUCUUCUAGAAAGGGCUUGUUACCGUUUAAUGCAGGGUUACUGAACGUCUUAUUGGUAACACUUUAAAUGACUGAUCUUUACUAAAAAUUUGGAUAUUUGUAUUAGGCUUCUAGAUGUUCAUAAACGCUUGUGACAGUUAAAUUUCAUUGUUUAUGCUUAUUCACUGCAAAAUGAUGAUAAUUAAAUUAUGCUUUUUGUAUGUGUGUUGGUCUGGUAAUCAGUUAAAUAUUUGAACUUACUAUACAUGUGUUCACUUAUUCUCGAAGCCAUGGCUAAGUUAGUGCUUUGUUAAAAGAAAUAAAAGGCAUUUGUUACAGAACCCGUAAAAAAAAAAAAAAUUGGUUAAGCUGCUGACCACUUUAAAACCAUUUGGUGCUUGUGUAUAUUUUCUCACCCUGAUUUUUUGGGCUAGUUCUCUCCCUUAAAGAUGCAGCAAUCUAAAUAUCCCAAAUAGAUGAAGUUAAGGCAGGCAGUCUUAAUUAUUUGGUACCUAAUCUAAGUUAGAUAAUCAGUGGAGGGAGAUGAAACUCUUGUGAAACUUCAUCCUUAGAUAUGCAAGACCACUCUACCCUAUCUCUUUUGACAGUAGACAGUUUAGAAAACAAAUCUAGGCUAACUUUUAGACUGCUGAAAGUGGACAAGAUAAAUUUUAAGCCUUUUGGCAUAGGUUAUUGGUACACAUGUACAUAACGUCAUUUCUGAAGGUAUUACAGAAGCAAGCUCAGUUAUGCAGUUGAUGUUAAACACGAUUUUGUGGUUAGAGACUGGGCAAAUGUAUAUGCAUAAGCAGUGGGCUACUUCCCUCCAAUUGCAAUAUUUACUGUUUCAGCAGACAAUGGUUUUUGUAUAUUUUAGAAAUCCUACUUGAGGUUGACAUUAAAAUGAGUCCUUUAAGAAAUCUCAUCUUAGAAUUUUUACUCUAAUCAUGCCUGCUAAAUAAAUGUGCCGUGUAGUUAUUGAGCUUCUUGAGAUCUGUUUUCAGUCAUACCACGUAUGAGUUGCACCACGUGGGUAUUAAGCCUGUCCACAUGGCAGACAGGUUUUCUACUGCUGACAACAAAUGUGAAUAGAAUCUACAGGAAUAAUAUUGCAUCAAGAGGUGGGGUUUUGGCUUUUAUAGUCUGUUGUCCUUCUGGACCGAUUAGAUACUUUGCUCUAAAGACUAUUCAAAUAAAUUUACAGACAAUGUAUCUUUAUUUCCUGUAUUUGCAUAUGUUUUAGCCUUACACAUUUUGUCUUUGAGAUUACUGAUGUUUUGCUGAUUACAGUUUGGAGCAAGGGAAAGGGAAUAGACAGACUUUUUUUCAGAUGAGAUUGAUCAAAUGAUUUGCACAGAGACUGUGACAUCUUCAUUCUCAAAUGUAUUGAGAACUCAAAUGACCCUGAGCAACCUGAUCCAGCUUCGAAGUUGGCCCUGCUAUCGGUGUGUUGGACCAGAUGACCUCCAUGGAUCCCUUCCAGCCUAAAUCAUUCUACAGUGUACUGCAGAUCAUGCUGUACAGACACUCCAGGAACUCUGAGGGCAGCAGCAUUCCAGUUUCCUCAUCAUCUUCAGAGAAUUUUAAUAUUAAAUGACAUAAUGUGAUUGAACAAGGAGCUGCUGUUCGUCUGAGAAAUUAUAUAUCUAUGUUAAAAACUGUGGAAGCACAUAAUGUUUGCAUUCAUAGCUCCUUUUUAAAUAACUACGUGUGGGAAUAACAGUUGUCGGUGAAUGUGAGAGGCAAACUGAAAACUAUCUGCCAUGAAAGCUUUCCCAAGCUCUGCACAUUUUUGGUUUAUUUAUAUAAAGAUGAUGGUUUCAUUGUUUAUUUACAAAAACAUGGCUUUUGGAUUCCUAGCCAAAAGCAUAGCUUCUCGUCAAGCAGUGCAUAAGUCUUCAGUCCUGACUUAUUUUUUUUAUGCUCACAUAACAGCAUGAGAUGUCAGAGGGCUGGUUCUAGGCACUCUCCUGACUGCCCUGGAGCACCAGGACCUAGAGCUCUGGAGGUGUAACAUUAAAUGUGUACACUAGUCCCGUUAAAGCACCUCUUGAAAUUGGAAGGUUGAACCAUUGGAGUAUAUAGCCUGUGUCAGCAGUAAAAUGGACUCUUCAAGUUUCAAAUAAUACUAAGUACAGAGACUAAAGAAUUAUUUUGUAAAAGAAGCCAAACUGUAAUUUACCACUUUUUGCCAUUCUUUGCAACAUUUAAUUUCUUUGACAAAGGUUUUCUUUCAGACAUCUGAAGGCAUCUCAUGAGAUGAGCUUUUUUCUUUUCCUGCCAAGGGUGCAGCUUGUACAUGUGCAGUGCUUUUCUCUUACCAAAGCACAGUAAGCCUGUUUUCAUGGUGCUGCUGUGAUACAGCUCUCUAGCAGGAGAAUACUCUUUGAAAAGGCAGUAUCUUGGCUGAGAACAAACUUUGCCCUAUCAUAGUAGUUCCAAUAUACUCAUAGAAAUGGCAUUUUCCACACAAAACAGAAAUCUAGAAAUAGUGACUGCAGUGUUUACAUAAUGUUCUUGUGAAAAUACCCAUAGUCAUGUACCAGAUUCUCAUGUGUUCUCCUGCUAAAACAUGUACACAUGUAUUGUUUAUCCAGACAAUCCCUUUAAAACUGAGGCUCCAAGUGAUUCUAAAGACCUCAGUGCUGACCUUUCAUCUCUUUUGGUUCCAUGACAAACAAUGUUGGGAGUUUUUUGACUGGAGUUGGAGAGGAUUUGGGGACAGGUUUUUCUCUCUGCGUAUAAAAGUUCAGUGCCUUGUGGAACAGAAUUGUCAUCUUAUUUAGGUGUCUGUAAAACCUUCAUGCAAAGAGAUUUCCUUGAACCACACAAUAUGAAGGUGUUAGAAACUAAGGAGUGGAUUCUCUUAAGGUGUUAAACUAAGCUCUGUGAAUGUCACUGUGGAUCUUUAUGAGUUUGUAAGUUAAGGUCCUCUUUGCUCUACAUCAGUCUAUGCCGGGAAAAGGUUUUAAUCUUAACCUGUUAGGUAACUGUUUAGCAUACUAAAGUCCAGGAAACACUAUAGUGUUCAUGCAGAUCAGCUACUACAAAAGAAUAUUUACCUCAACCUCUCAUGCAUAUUAACAUUGCAUGUUAAGGAAUGGACAUAAGAGUAGUUGAUGCUUUUUGUGAGGUCUUCCAAACCACUUUUCUGCCAGUAUCUGUAGAUGUAUUCCAGUUGUCUGACAGCAGAGCACCCUCUACUUCAAAAGUAACUGUGCUUCAACGCAAACGUGAGUGGGAUCCUACAGAAGAAAAGAUGCAUAGUUGUUUCUAGUUAAGACCAUACAGACAUACUUCCUCCUAUAAGAUCCUGUUUGGCUUAGUGACUGAGGUCCAGUUAACAACUCUCUACUGCAGUCUUUUCUGACACAGAGAGUGCUGUCUUCUUCCAUUCCUUAUGGCUACAUCAUGUUUUCCAAGAGUCCCAGAAUGAUGUAAUUAGCAACUGUGCCUCAGUUAAACUGGCAGGGAAAAAGUCUGUAUUGGUCAGUCUUGCAGUGACCAAUGUAAGAAGAAUCAAUCUUGAAAUCUAUUGCUCCCUCAAGGCAAGUGAUUAGAUGAGUUUCUAAAAGAAAAUUUGGUGUGUGGUUGGUUUGUUUUGUUGGGGUUUUUUUUUCCCCUGGAUAUAAAUAGAGCCCAUUUCUGAAGCUUAAUCUAAAGAUUUACUGCUUAAGAUCUGUGUGAUAACCUUUCAUAUAGACUGAAAGGCUAGUUGCAACGCUACUGUGCCUGUGCUUUUCUUCCUUUUUUUGGUUGCCUGCAACAAGAUCUUUACAAGACUAUAUACUGUAAAUGUAGGUUAAAGGAAUUUCAUAAUGAAGGAAAAAAGGAGGUCCGAGACAUCCCUGUCUCUCCCUCUCUGUGUCUCCAUCUCUGUGUUUGUCAUCUCAUCCCACUCACCCCCAGCUCACUCAGAAUGUUACAAAGAAUGUUUGUGUUUGGUCAGUGGAAGUAGAGGAAAAGAGUCAUAAUCCAUAAAAUGGCUACAGUAAAACUGUCACAGGAAAAGUGUUGGAAAUAAAGGGAAUUUUAGCCUGGUAUAAAUUCUUCUUUUCUACCUCUAACGUCUUAAUUUACUGUUAUUCUUCACCACUAUAGAAGCAGAUGUUUAAUUUCAGUCUGUUAACUUACAUGUUUCUGGUUUUAUAUUGUACAGCUGACAUAUAAAAAGGGCCUGGUAAUCUAUUGAUUGAACAAUCAGUGAGGCUUAUAAAUUUUUAGUUGUAAAGUCGAUAGGUUUUGGAUUCAUAAAGUGCACCUGAACUACUAUCCCAAGUUCCAGUGCAUCUAGUCUUCUCUUCUUUAGAGGAAGAGGAAAGAAUAGGUAAUUAUUGAAUCACUGUAGUACUCAACUGAAGUUCCAAGUAGAUAUUCUACAUAUUCUACAGUCAUGCACCAUGUACAGGGGACAGUUAGUUGUACUUGUAGCUCUCAAGUGCCAGGGUGCUGGUCGACAGCAGGCACAAUGUGAGUCAGCAGUGUGCCCUGGCAGCCAAGAGAGCAAACAGCAUCCUGGGGUGCAUUGAAUACAACAGAACCAGCUUGUCAAAAGAGGGGAUUAUCCAGCUGCAUUCAGUGCUGCUGCGGCCUCAACUCCAGAAGUGCGUGCAGCUCUGGGCCCCACAAUUUAAGAAGGAUGUGAAGGUCCUUGAAUGCAUCCAGAGAAGGGCAACAAAGCUGUUGGAAGAGCUGGAAGGAAUGUCCUGUGAGGAGAGGCUGAGGACUGUUUAGUCCUGUGUGCUGAUCUAGUUUGGAGAAAAGGAGGCUUUGGGAAAAGGGAUUUCCCAAGUCCUGCGAAUGGCAAAUCUUGGUUGCAAAGUUUCUGAUCUUGUGUUUGUUAACAUAAAGGCCAUUUCCUGCUCAAGAUGGGACAUUUGCUCACAAAAUGGCAAAUAAUUAUACUAAUUAUCUUCAUCAAAAGGAGCAUGACCAGCAGGUUGAGGGAGGUAAUUCUGCCCUUCUACUCUGCUCUCAUGAGACCCCACCUGCAGUACUGCAGUCAGCUCUGGGGCCCACAACAGAAGAAAGACAUGGAUCUGCUUGAGCGAGUCCAAAGGAGGGCCAUGAAGAUGACCAGAGGGCUGGAGCACCUGCAAAUUAAUCCUGAGAAAGAUCUUUGAAUUACAUUUAAGUUUUUAAUUUUUAAAUUUUUUUUUAAUUAUUAUUUAUGUUACUAUAAAGUCUAUAAAUUACUCACUUUUGAUAGAAAAUUAUUUCUUUUAUAUAAUUACAUAUUAACAAAUACUUUGUCAGGUAUUUGCAAGCAAUUUGUUGUCCUUUAAUUCUAGAUUUUGGAAAACAGAAUAAUUGAAUCAUUCUAGUAACAGAAUAGUGAAACCAAUCGGCUUUGGCAGUGGCAAGUUAAUGACUCUUAGAAAGCAACCCACAGGAGAGGAAAGAGCAGUUUUCAGUUGUGUUCCAAAACUGAAAGUCCCGGAUGAUAAGCCAAGAGAGAAUAUUUUGUUUACAUGCUCUGUUUCCUUGCAUAGUAUAGACAUUGUAAUUUCAAUGAGAUAAUUUAACUAGAAAGUAGAAAAACUAUAUUUUUAUUUGAAAGUUACCAGGGAGGGUAAUAAUCACACUGUCUCUGAAGGUUUGCAGCUAUUUCAAAGUCUCUGUGAACACAAUUUUUUGUCUUUAAUUAUCCUGCUACUGAAAUAAUACUGCUUGUUAUGAUACUCAUUAAAUAUCCUUUUCUUUCUGUCUUUCUGGUUUGUGGAAAAGCAGCUGGUGCCUCUUCUAAAAGUGCUUAAAAAUUUAUGUUCCUGUUCCUCAAUCUGUAACUGAAUUGUCUGAUAGAUGUUACCUGCUAAAUAGUACCAAUUAGGAGGAAUGCUCUGCAUGUGUGAAUAAUUGUUAUUCAAAACUACACUUACAACGUGUGUAGAAGUCCAGGAGUCAUAAUUACUCUUUCCAGUGUGGUUGGUUGAACACAGCUCCAGAACUGCUGCCUGCUGGAAAUAGCUAACACUUCUCCACAGCAAUUCUUCACUGCAAUCUCGUGCUCCAUAGAGACUGCGCCUGUGACAUCUCCUCGAUACAGUCAUCUCUGGGAUCAGUUGUAUCAUAUUUUCCUUCCUAGAACUGUAAAUCAGUCCUGGUCAAUCCCAAUAUACAUAGAACUAUUUUUGAGAGUGUGGUAUAAUUAGGAGACCUCUGGCCCAAUGCUGUGUUGCAGUUCAUGUGUUACUAAUUGCUUUUAACACUGUCAGAAAUGAAUAAAAAAUUAAAAAUGUGUUCAGUUA